CGUACACACGUAAACGCGUACACACCACGUACACCGGACGUUCGUUGUGUUGCGUACGCGGUCGGUGCGUGCUAGUCGACGGCGCACCAGUGUGCUGCAGGGGAUGACCCGGAAUCACCACUCGUCAGUGUCAGCCACGUCUCGAACGCGCGACAAUCGCGUGCGAUAAUAAUAUUAAUAAUAUUUCGCCGUUAACAUCAGCGUAGGUCGUAUAACGUUGCAGUCCUACACGGUGCGAAUCUCGCCCAUCGGCGUGUCUCUGCAGGCCAGCUCGACGCGCGCGCCGCCGAAUGCGCUGCAACCGCAGCUGCGGGACGGCCGCCCGCGCGACGGCUGCCGCGAGGCUCACGCGGCCGCUAUCGAUUGCCGCGGUCGGCCACCGUUAGGACGACUGUGCGAGCGGCGGACAUCGACGAAGACGCCUCCAACAACGACAAAGACGUCGGUAAAAACAACCACCUCGGUGAAGAUAACGAUAACAGUACGAAUAGGACGUGCUGCCACAUCAGAGGAACUCGAUAACCGCCGUCAAGGACCUGCGGCUGCGGCGGCCGUUGCCUCUGCGAAUGCACCGGCACUCGCGGCACCGCCUGCACGCUCGUGCCUGUCUGCACCGUUAACAGCCCGGCUAUCGGCCAUGGGAACCGUGCUCAGCAUCAGCCCUAAAGACCGCAAGUCCGUGUACCCGGCCAUGGCCAGCAGCGCCAGCGCGGCCGAGUUCACACUCAGCAGCUUCACAUACGAACAGUUGACCAAGCGCCGCCACGCCGACGUCAUGGCCGGCCGUAGCAUAUCCAUGAUGCUGCCGGCCAAUAUAAACAUAAAUACCAUCAACAACAACAUCAUCAACAACAACAACAACCACAACAAUCACCACCACAACAACAACAAUUCUGAGAACAACUGUAAAACGGCGACGACAGGUGGUGAACCGCAUCAGCAGCAGCAGCAGCAGCAGCAGCAGCAGCAGAGAGGAGCGCUGGAAAAGAGCUUGAAAAAACAUUCGGCCUUGAUCAAUGCGCUCAGCUGGAAGCGGUUUAGCACGUCUCAAAACAAAAAGAAGCUGGACAAUGGUGGCACAGCCGGAGGCGGCGGCGUUAAGUCCAAGCAACUGUUAGCAGGUCGGCAACCGUUGGUGGACACUAACGCCAACGUCGAUUGUGGUGGCCGGUCCAAUGGCGUUCGCCGGUCGGCCACCACGACCGGGCUGGAUGUGGCCAACAACAACAGUGGCGGAGCCGACAAACUGGUACCCAGGGCCACGCUGGUGCCUUCGCACACGUGCCACAACCUCGUGCCACGGAAGACCAUCAUACAGGCAAGCACGUCCGAGCUGCUCAAGUGCCUGGGCAUCUACUUGCACCACAAGUGCUACAAGCUCAACGAUUUCCAGGCCGGCGACGCAGUCAUGUGGUUAAGGACGGUGGACAGGAGUCUACUAAUACAGGGAUGGCAGGACGUGCCGUUCAUAAACCCGGCAAACGUGGUGUUCGUGUACAUGCUGGUUCGAGAGCUGGUCGACGAGCGCGUGGCCACGGAACCGGAACUCCAAGCCGUGGUGCUCACGUGCUUGUACUUGGCGUACUCGUACAUGGGCAACGAGAUUUCAUAUCCACUGAAACCUUUCCUGGUCGAGGAUAGCCGGGACGCAUUCUGGGACCGGUGCCUGGGCAUCGUCCGCGCCAUGUCAGCCAAGAUGUUGCGCAUCAACGCCGAGCCCGCGUACUUCACGGAGAUCUUCAGCGAGCUCAAGGCGUGCGGUACGCUCAACGCGGUGUUGCAGACGGCGUGAUGAGCGCGCCGCCGUCGCCAUUCACCCGCAACCACCGCGAAACAUGUAGCACAAACCGCGUCGUCGCCACCAGCAGCAGUUGAACACCAAUGGCAACGGUAACGCGUCGCUAUUAAUAUUAAUUAACGUUACUAUACCGUCGAUCGUCCAAACCAUGAUGUUAUUAGUGUACCUAUUAAUGAUGUACAUUUUAAUAUUAUGUUAUAUAUGUAUUGGAACAUGUCUUCCUACAGUGUCUACCGCGUUGUAAAAUAUUAUUACUAUUAUUAUUAUUAAUGCCAUCGCGUACCCCCCUCCCUUUCCUUCCGACGGUCUUGACCCUAUGCGAACCGCGUCAUACAUAAAGUUUGUUCCAACACGGAAUCGCGGGACUAGUUGCAGACGGAUCUGUGAUUGAUUUAAUGCGCAAACGUGAACUGUGAGCUCUGUUGGGACGUGAUUCGAACUGUACAUGAUGACAGUGUUUCUGACUACAAGCCACCCCCCUCCCCCCUAUCGAAAUCCCCGGAUCACAGUCAAACAAAUCCCAAAAACUGAUCUAAUCACGUGUUGGAACAGACACUUCUGACGGUUUGAGUUUGCGUUUCCGGUGUGUUGGAACGGAACAACUCUGCUGCACAUACUGCCGCCGCUAGUGAGUUCUGUGAUAGCGCGACCGCGUGUUGGAGCAGACUUAUCGUGCACUUUCUGAUAACAUUAAACCAGCGAUUUCGUGUAUCGAUGAGUAACUCUGUAGUAUAUGUAUAUGUUAACAAAAUGAUACCAUUUUUGUACUACGCUGAGGUAAUAGCUGAUCGAACUCGAAACACAAUUUAGGCACACAAUAUCAUUAUGUUCGAGAAGCAUGCUGUUAGUAUACUGCUCGGUUGUAUACCAUAUUGUGAUCGAAAUAUCACAUAUAUAGGUACAAAUAUGUUUUGAUUCUUAAGCUGAUCUGACGCAGUACGUACGAAAUUGCAGCGAAGAAACACCGCCGGCCGUAAAACAUUAUUUAUUAUUGUAAUAUAUAGACUUGUGCGCAAGGGUUUCACCUAGCGUUUGCGCGCACCCGUCCACCCUCAACCUCCCAUCAUGUCCGUCCACGUUCUCGAAUCGAUAAAUUCCACUGCCCGGGGUGCGCUUACCCACAGAAAAUUUCCAUGGAUAUGUUAUAUGCAGGCGGAGCGGAUGUUUUUUUCAAUCUCGUACCAUUAUAAAAUCGUCUCGUUCGUUCACCGAAACCCAGAAACGUGCAUAAUCGUAUUUCUCUCUGUAUUCACCUCGUCGGUAUCGGGGAAUAUUCGGUGACACUUCUCUAAAAGAAACCUAGGCUAUUUCUUUGGAACUAUACCUGCAUAGGCACGGUUUAAGACGGAAUGGAUGCUAAGACGUUCGUGGGGAGGCAAAAUACCCUACAAGCAUAUUAUGAUAGUAUGAUGUUUCGAAAUGCAUUAAACAUUUUAAAACAUUUGCAGGCGUCCGGGAUUCAAAUCGAAUCUUUUCAACAAAAAUAAAAUGGGGGCUGGAAGCGUGUUACGCGAGGUCGGUCGCGUGCGCCAUGUCAGGUUUUUUCGUGUCUCGACCCCAAAAAAGAAGGGUCUUCUACAGGAUAGGGUGAAGUAAUUUGUUUCUUUUUACAUGCGCGUAUAGGGUCGCGCUGUGCACGAAUAUUCGGAAUAAUAAUUAUACAGAGAGAUUUGUCGUUUUACCUAAGUUUUAGCCGUCACGCAGCGCCCACCCUUGAAAUCCAUAUGAUCUAUACGAUAUACCUCUUGGUUUCAACUCUCGAAACCAUAUAAAAAUAUAAAAUCAGCAAUCUGCGUAUUAUAACAUAAAUGCAAACCCCUAUUUUAGUAUGCGAAAUGUAUAAAAAGCAAAUUACCAAAAAUGUCUUUUUUAAACCAGGGACUGGAAUAGUGGAAUCCAUCACCUAUACAGG